UAUAUGUUAAAUAUUUAUUAUUUAUACAUUUAUGUAUAUUUAAUACAUACAUCUGUACAAAGUUAUACAUGGAAAUAAUUAAUAUAUGAAAUAGACAAAUAUUAAAUUAAUAAAGCAUUAAUAGAACAUAAAAAAAUCACAUUCGAAGAACCUUAGUCGAGGCCUGUGAAAAAAUAUCUCGAUUAUUGGGAAUUUUAUGAUUUUGCGCAGUGAAGCACCGCCGCUAUCGCCAUUGGUUGUCGGAACGUCACACCCCUCAGCGUUAUCACGUAUCAUCCCCUAAAGUUCCUUUCUCCCGGUGAUAUUGCAGUGGCUGUGGAGAAUAAUGUCGCGAUUACCAGUGAUUGCCUCUUGCUAGCAAAAAUGUCUCGACGAUGUGCGGAACCGGGAUGCACCGUGAGGUCCGUGUGCAAUCGUUUUGCAUCGUGCAAUUGAGACGCGAAACUGAGAGUCGAGCGGAGCAGUUAAAGCGCCAAACUCGACGAGCGAAAGAGGCUUAUUACUAACGUGACGCACGUGUUCCAUUUAAAAUUAUGAGACUGGCCUCGGAGCGUCGGCGGUUUCUCUCGAACGAGACAACAGCCGGGCCAAGCUACGCCGAGUAUCAACAUCCCCACCCUGUGCAAGAGCGAAAAACUGCAUCACACCUCGUGAACACCGCCGUUCCGUGAAUUGCAUUCUUCCGCGUUUCGACGGCGCGCCACCCGGUGUCUCCCAGUGAGGAAAACGCGAUGACAGUGUUCCUCGAGCUGUAUUAUGAUUUGUAAAUGCACUCGGAGUAUCGGUACACGCCGCGCUUAUCACAUAUCAUGGAGACAGUACGCCUUUUGAUAAAAGUCCUAAUGCUGUUUAGCUGGUGCGCGAAAGGAUCUGUCGGAAAUGCUCUCGAAAAAUGUAUUCUUCCACUCGGCAUGGAAGAAGGAAAAAUUCCGGAUGAAGCGAUCACCGCGUCGUCCAGUUACGAGAUGAAAUCCGUAGGUCCUCAAAAUGCGAGAAUACGGCAGGAAAAGAACGGUGGUGCGUGGUGUCCAAAAGCUCAAAUCAGUAGUGCUAUACGCGAAUAUUUGGAAAUUGAUUUGACGAAAGAUCAUCUUAUUACGUGGACCGAGACUCAAGGAAGAUUUGGUAACGGUCAAGGUCAAGAAUAUGCCGAGGCGUUUUUUUUGGAAUAUUGGCGGCAUGAAAAGUGGCAUCAGUACAAAGAUUUAAAAGGAAAAAAGGUCCUGCGUGGUAAUAGCAAUACAUAUCUAGUUGAGAAACAAAAGUUAGAUUUACCAUUCAUCGCGAGUCGAGUGAGAUUUGUUCCUUAUAGUCAGCAUCCUCGCACCGUGUGUAUGCGCGUUGAGAUUUAUGGCUGCAUCUGGAAUCAAGAUAUUACUAGUUAUACUGCGCCUAAAGCUGAUAAAGAUGGACCUAACGGGUGUAAUGUCGAGGAUACGUCAUAUGAUGGGAUGGAAAUUGAUAAUUUAAUGUUAAAUGGAUUGGGGCAAUUAACCGAUAGUAUAAUCGGUAGCGAAUCUGAAAUUCUAGAAUCCAAUAGAGUAACCAAUUGGGUCGGAUGGCACGAUCGGGAUAAUGUAGAAAUAUUCUUUGAGUUCCAAACUUCUCGGAAAUUUAGGAAUUGUACGAUCCAUGUGGCCAAUCUGCCUGAUCUAAGUGUUGAGACAUUUGCAAUGGUAAACUUCUGGUUUUCAUCGGAUGGCAAGGAUUAUCAUAAAACCCCGGAAACUUUUCAAAUGUUUAAUGGUCCUAAAGCAAACAUCAUUCUUAGCAGCAGCAAUGAAAAAGGUAGAAGUAAAAACAGCGCCUUGAUAUCUAUUCCGUUACAAUCAAGAAUCGGCAAAUUUGUCAAAAUGGAAAUAAAAUCUCAAUCAAAAUGGUUACUACUAAGCGAGAUCAUAUUUCAAACAGUUCCAGAUGUAAAAAAUGACACUGACGGAGCAUUGACACGAUUGUCAUGGAUAUAUAAAAAUAUUAAUGAAAACAUUUCCAAAACCAUUAGUCAGGAUCAGAUCGCGAAAAUAAAACAAAUCGAAGAAAAAGAAACUAAAGACGAGACUAGCGAUUUAGAAAUUCAAACUGACAAAAUCAGAGAAACUGACGAUGAAAAAAAGAUUAACAUUCAGCAUGGACGUCCAAUGACGGGAAAACCGAAAACUGACUCAAAUGAGACAACAUCGAUAUUAAAUGAAUCGAAUUUGACGCCAGAUGCAUUUCCUGUGAAUAAUUCGCCAACGUAUAUCGGGCUGAUCAGUGCUGCGUUGACAGUAAUCGUCUUUUUCUCGAGUUGCACGAUUUUUCUAGUAAAGCAGAGGGGUCGCAACAAAGUAGCUCUGUUACAAAAACACACCGCGUUAUUAUGCGGCUCGCCGGCACCGGGUAUCACGAUCAAUACGAAGGAUAUCAAAUUACCCGCGCCGAUCGUGGUAAACAAUCUGUCGCAAUCUCGGUUGUCGUUGAAAAGCAAAAUUGCCUCGAACAACGAUUACAAAUUCGGCGAUACGAGCGAGCAGCAUAGCAUUUACGAGAAGAUUAAUAAAAUAUCCCCGGAACAAUAUGUCAAAUGUGAAGCGAGAUCCAAUUAUAAAACGGAAUAUUUUGAUACUAAAACCAGUGAAAAUUUUACUGAUGAAGCGCAAGUGGAAUGCAUAAUUCCAACAAUGUCAACAAAAUUGAGCCAUUCGCAAACGGGAAAAAUCAAUCAGAGAGUAUAUGAAAGCUAUUACGCAGCCACGGAUAUCUUGACGAUCAAGAGACGUGAUCAACAAUCCGUUGUUAGUCUUUUCACGCCGCUGCUUAUUCGGGAUUCGGUUGUAUCGUACAAAUGUGGGACUUACGAUGUCCCACGCAUAUCUCGACAUAGAUUAAGAAUCCUCGAUAAACUUGGCGAAGGAAACUUCGGUUUGGUUCAUCUAUGCGAAGCAAAAGGUAUACAAAAUCCAGAUCUAGGCAUUCUUCAAAAUCGUCAAGUAGUUAUAGUUCGGUCCUUAUGGCGCGGUGUGGUUGAUUCUUUAAGGGAGGAUUUUAUGAGCGAUAUGCAUAUUUUGGCUGAAAUACGUGACAUCAAUAUCGCCAGGAUAAUUGCGAUUGUUGAGGAGGAACCUUUUAGUGCCAUUUUCGAAUAUGGAGAACAUGGGGACCUGUCGAGUUUUCUAAAAAAUCGUGAUCGUGACGCGCCGAUAAGUUAUGAGUGUUCGUUGAAUCUGAUGACACAAAUUGCUUCGGGUAUGAAAUAUCUUGAGACUUUAAACGUACCGCAUUGCGAUCUAGCUGCCAGGAAUUGCAUUGUAUGUAAAGAUUUGCUGAUUAAAGUAUCCGAUCAGGCCAUGUAUUGUAGUAAAUAUGAUGGCGAAUAUUACGUUGACGAGUGUUAUGGGAAGAUACCACUGCGUUGGAUGGCAUGGGAAGCUGUUCUAUCGGGAAAACGAAGUUGUCAAGCCGAUGUCUGGUCGUACGGCGUGACGGUUUGGGAAGUGUUGAUGCGCUGCGAAGACAUACCGUAUGCCGACUUGACUUCCGAACAAGUAUUGGAAAAUUGUGGCCUAUGGUACUCAUUGGACAACGGCGGUAAGAAGAAAUGUCCGCGGAUCCUCGAGCAGCCGGUGUUCUGCACAGACGAUCUAUAUCGGUUGAUGUUGCGAUGUUGGUGUAAACGUGCGGAAGAUCGAUCCAGUUUCCAGGAAAUUUAUUGCUACCUCAAGAAGCUAACUGGAUUAACUCUGGAUUAAGUGUGCACAAAUGCAAAUGCAUUUCUGCCGAAAGAGCACAAAGAAAGAACUACUCAUGCUCCAAUAACAGCAACAGCAACAGCAGCAGCAACAACAGCGGCGCGGACCAAAUCGAUUACAAUCAGCUAAGAAGCAUCCUGAUUUCUUUCUUGAUCGCUUUCGCAGAUGACUCUAAUUGCGAAUUAAAACGAAUCGGAGGAGUCAUGAAUGCCUAAAUACAAUGUGGGAUGCUCUCUGGCCACUAAAAUUACUGCUCAACUAGAUUUAUCUAAUUUUGAUUAUAUAAGUAUAGGAGCUAAUAACGUAAUGAUAAAAUGCGGCGAAUAAUCGCAGGUUUCUCGUAUGAUAUUCUACGCGUAUGUCAAGAAAUAAUCUCUGAUAAUCUUUCAAUGAUUAUUUCCGUAACAAUCAGUAUUCGCGAGAAAUACGAUUUCGCGAUUUCGCGAACGAAUAAGAGAUUCACAUCUAUUUACUAAUUUAUUACUUUACAUAUCUUUCCUACGCUUACAUAUAUAUAUGUGAUACUCGUUAUCGUUUUUACUGUUAAAAAAUGUCGUUCCAUUUCUUCUAUAUCUAUUGUCCAGACAGCCAAUCGCGGUAAAAUGACGACAUAAACAGCUUUGCAGCGAAAUUUAUCACAAUACUGCUCGAGUUUGUUGCAGAUUAUGUGCAAAGCUUUUGUCGGCUGGAUACUUUAUAUCAUCCUCAGAAUUCGUUGCAUAUAGCCGAAGCAAAAUAAUAUAAGUAAAAUCGGCAUAAGCGAGCGUAAUACUCAAUUACGUCGAAGAAUGACAAUCAGUUUUGCUCACCUAUUUAUAUGUAUUUAUUUUACGAAAUAUCAUAAUAUACUCGUAUUGAUCGAUUCAGCUUAUCCAUUUUAGGAAGAGGGCGGAUCGUUUAAUCUUUAAUCAAAUUUCGCAAUGGCGCAAGAUUUUUUAAAUAGGAAUAAUCUUCACAUAUAUAUCCUUUCUUAUA